CUGUCGGAAUGGAACGUUGGAACGGAAAAGUCGCCGUUGUGUCUGGUGCCAGUUCUGGCAUCGGAGCAGCGAUUGUCAAACAUCUGGCGAAGGCUGGAAUGAUCACGGUUGGUCUGGCGAGACGAGUGGAAAUGGUGGAAGCUUUGAAAUCCGAUCUACCGGAAGCUUCCAGAAACCACCUUCAUCCGGUGAAGUGUGAUAUUUCUAAUGAAGAAGACAUCAUCCGAGCCUUUAAACUGGUAGAAGAUAAGUUCGGCGGAGUAGACGUUCUAAUCAACAACGCUGGGAUAGCUCGCGAAACGGACUUGUUGAAGCCGGAUAACACGCAAAAGUUGAGGGAUACUCUGGACACCAAUGUUCUGGGAUUGGUGUUGUGCAGCCGCGAGGCGUUCCAAUCUAUGAAGAAACGAUCCGUUGAGGGACAUAUCGUUCAUAUCAAUAGUGUUGUGGGUCAUCACGUCAUUAAUUUCCCCAAUUUGAACAUUUACCCGGCCUCGAAACAUGCCGUUACGGCCAUUACCGAAACCAUGCGGCACGAACUGCGAGCCGAGGGAUCCAAAGUUAAAGUUACGAGCAUAAGCCCUGGCGUGGUGAAAACCGAAGCCACUAAAGGUUUGGAAGAACUCGGGAAUACUCCAAUGUUGGAAGCCGAAGACAUUGCUGAUGCGGUUUUGUACGUCCUAGGAACGCCUCCGAGGGUGCAAGUCCACGAGCUGAUGAUUAAGCCUGUGGGAGAACCCUUUUGA